AUGAUUGUAGAAGACGACGAGGGAAUCAUUUAUCCUUAUUACAAUGAGCAGCAACAAUUGCAGCAACAGCAGCAACAGCAACAAUUGCAGCAACAGCAACAGCAGCAACAAUUGCAGCAACAGCAACAGCAACAACAAUCCAUGUCGUCAGCCAAUCAAGGACGAUCCGCAAUGAUGCAAAAUCAAAACAUGAUGGCGCCUCCUAGUUCCAUGGGUGCGGUACCGCCUAACGAUGACAUGGUUUGUGCUGCCAUGUGCAUUCUUCUUUGUCCUCCUCACGAAGGGAUCGCCAGAGAAUAUCACGAACUGCCUCCCAUGCAACAGUCGGAAGUGUGGAAUGACCUUACGGGGAAUCAGGCCGCUUCCAACCUGCAACAAGAAGAGUCACCUGAAAUGAUUCAGCAAGCUUUUCGCGCUCUUAUGGAACAAGUGGAAAAGAUUCCCGAUUCUCAAAAGUCGGCCUUUGUGUUUGCCAUGAAUACAUAUCCUCAGUUUGUAUUGGAUCCAGCCUUUUUACUUCGCUUUCUUAGAGCCGAACGAUUCGAUCCGGAACUCACGGCAGAGCGAUUGGUCUUGCAUUUCACUAUCAAGCAAGAAUUGUUUGGAAAUGAAAAGCUGGGUCGAGAAAUUGUAUUGCAGGACCUUCAGGAAGACCCAGAUGAUUGGGAUUGUAUGGAACGAGGAUUCCUGCAAGUAUUGUCCAAGAGAGAUUUCUCUGGCAGACUAGUCAUCUUUUUUUACAAGGCCAUUUCAGGUUGUUAUCGAAGGAGAGAAAAUGUGCUUCGGAUGGCUUGGUACAUGUACAACAAGGUGGCACAAAGUCCAGAAAAUCAAAAGGUGGGAGUCAUUAAUCUUGUCUACAACAUUGGUGGAUUUCCUGAGGGUGGUAUGGACUAUGAAAAGUCCCGUCGGUUUGGUCAAGUUAUCAAAUCCAUGCCACUAAGAGUCGAGGGCAUGUUUGUCUGUCUAGACGAAGCGCCAUGGUUGGCUGUAGUGGAAGCAUUCAGUAUGAUGGUCACCAAGUUUCUAAGGAUUCGAUUGAGGGCUUUGCCAGGAAGUCAUACGGAAUGCAUGUAUCAGCUCAUGAGUCUCGGAUUGCCACAAAGUGCUUUGCCAGUACAUCAGAAUAGUCAAUUGAGAUUGGAAUAUCAUCGAAAAUGGUUGCAAGAACAACAUCAACAAGAGAGAGAGAGACCAUAA